AUGAACUGCCCGUGGUUCAACAACCCGGUUAUAGCCUCGGAUGUUGCCUUUUCGUUCUCUCACUUUGAUGGAAAACACCUUCACCAUGAGAGGGCGGUUGAGUGCCUUCGAAUUUUUCUCCAGAAGACAACUGGUGGUUUUGAUGAACUUCGGAGAACGCUUUCUCAACUGCCUUUACGUGUACCCGGAUCAUUGAUUGGAGUGCGCCUACAUUCGGAUUCCAAAAGUCGUGCGGGUCCAAGACUGCAGGGUAAUAACGCAGUUAACGAGACCUAUCAACUAGUCUAUUACGAUCCUCUAGCAUUAGAUACAAAGAUAAUCAACCCCCCAUCGUCCGAUUCACGACUAACUCGUAGUCGCUCUGCCAGUCGUUUAGGGAUACGGAAAACACGUGCGCCCCAAGCGGAUUCCCAGUCCGCAGGUCGGUCCCUUUCCCCCAACGCACACGAAUGGCAUUCAUUACCCAUGCCAGACUUGUCCCAUUUCUCCCGUGCACAGAAAACAGUGCUUAUUUUUCGCCUCAACCGAAACACACUUCAUCCACCCAUUCUGUCUGAAUGCGAGUUUUUGGCACUUCGUACCCGCAAUGGUGAGAUCACUUCAGCUCCAAACGUACACCCCGACAAAAGUUCCGUCUCAGGCUUACCCAAUGCGGCCGAUCCGCAUGGGUCGACCAAUUCGAACCAUGCGAUUCCCACAUCAAUGUGCACCGGUCAAUCUAUCAGCCAAAGUCAAAGCAGCAGCGGGUUGAGUCGUUCCAGUGGUGACCAACUCGUAGUCGAUCGCACAAAUAACGAUAGUGGUAAUUUGGUUGACGAUACCGAUGUCUGUGAACACGGAGACGGAGAUCACUGUAGCUCCAUGCGUUGUUCCCGAUCACGCUGUCGAGGUUCGGCUAAUGCGGAGGACGAGCGUGGCAUUGCACUGGAUGGUAGUGCUGAGGAUCUGAUGACGGAGGACCGAUCACUUAAUGACCCAUCGUCCGAUGCGUCCGAACGCAGCGGAUUCACCAGUUUGGCGAGCAGUGCGCAUGCAAUGCGUGUCCGAACAGUGUCCGGUCUGCGAGCGUUGAUUGGUCAGAGUCGUGGUUCGGGCGAUUCUGGUGAUCCGGUGGUUAUUGUUCAAACCUCUGAUUCUCCUGCUCACCGAACCGGACCGAACCAGUGCAGUCACCACAGCAAUUCGGACGGCGUGGGAAAACGCACACGAUUUUCUCAGUCCGUUUUGUCAGAUGCACGGAUUGGUUCUAGGGGUGUGGAAACCUUGCAAGGUCCUUCGGGAACUACUACACAAAAUCAGUUGCGGGAACGACAUUCUACCCAAGACUCAUUGGAAGAAGUGGGCGGUGUCGUCUCUUCCAAUCGAAGUGUAGAUGCUGCUGCUUUGGUCUUUGAUCGAACUCGUCCUGUCCCACGUACUGGUUCGGUGGAGCUGGUUCGUAGCUCUGGGCCCGGUUCACUUCCGGGCACACCAGGAUACGGCUCUCGGUUAGCAGUGGGUCCCGGACACAUGUGCGACAGAACCAUACGCAAUUCGGAACGUGGAGGUCAUGAUGGAUCCAUUGGGGUAAACCCGCCAGCAGCCAUGCGGUGUUCCUCAUUAAGUUGUUUACCUGCCCAACGAUAUGUGAACGAAGCGGACGAAAGAUCCAGUGGCAUCACAUGUUCCUCUUGCGGUGUGCGAGUUUCGGAGGCGACUGACGACACGGAACAGCGCGACCUAGGUACAGAUGAUGGUUCACGCGUCGAUGGUGAUUCGCAUGAGGGUGAUGUCCAUUUAGAUAGGCGUCUGGAUAGCGAGGACCGUGAGGCGGAGGAAGAUGCACUAUCGGAUUUACCUGACUUAUCUUCAGCCAACGUGUCAGGCCGUGUAACUCCGCUCUCAAUAACGAGUAGCACCUCUCGCGGAGAGAGUCCGGGAACACGAUCACGCGUAUACAAUCGGGCGGGAUUGGUUUUCCCAAACGGAAUCAGCUUACCCGGGUCAACCGCAGCCGCCGUAGCUGCAGUUUCUUCGUCUGGUGGUGCAACAACCGGGAAUCCGGGGUCUGUACGCUUCGGUAUUCUAGACUUUCCAGCUUCUUUGUUGCACACUCACGAGUCUCCCGACGUGACCGAGAAGUUUGGAAAGUUUGAGCUUCCAGUUACCCGUCUGCCAGAAGUAUUUUUAGUACAGUAUCAUGUGACCAUUGCGCCUGCCAUAUCAUACUACUCAGUAUCAUCUCGUUGUCGUUCCCCAGCGGAAGCUCGUUCCACUGUAAGUGACACAUGGUCCACUGAUGUUCUUCCAUCUGAUACCGAGUAUCCGGAUGGCGGUUCCGAAUAUCUUGGCCCAGAACCUCCCGGUAACAGCUCAUCGAGCCGGCGACCAUCCACAUCCCAUCGUGAUCCUAUACAAUCCAUGGAACGUUUGGACAGCAAUCGCCAUCCGCAUCACCAUCAUCGUCAUCAUCGCCAUCAUCGCCAUCAUUGUCGUGAUCCCUUGUGUGCAACACAUGAAUCCGGUCGUAACGUUUGCGCUGGAACGACCUCGGGUCGUUCGGGCACCGAGUCGGUGCCGAGACAUCAUCACACCGGGGACCAGGCUGCAGUCAGGAGUGCAGGAGUUAACGAGGGCGUUGAAGAUUCAUCUGUUGGACCACAUAGGUCCAUAUUUUUCACUCCGAUCGAGAACGAAAGCAUCACUCCAGCACCAGAACAGUCUCAUUUAAUGAACGAAACUUCCACCUCUUGCCUUAACGCUCCACCUGAGCGAACACAGUUGAACUCGUCAGCUUCGGCUUUGCCUGGCACUUCGACCACAUCUGAUGCAGCGCAGCUGCGUGCCACAGCAGUCACUACUUCUCCAAAGACACAGACUAACCCAUUGACGAAACCACUUGUUCAAGACUAUUCACAUCUGAAUGAUAGAACAAGUCAUAUUGAUCAUCGCCCGAACGAGCACUCAGUUGCAGGCAUCAAUUCAGACAACUUGAUGCACACACCGACUACUUCAACGUUGACCAAUCCCAUUGAACAGGAGCCCAGAUCACAGGUAUCUGCUUCUAAUUAUGCUGGCGGAAAUCCGGACGAGGAGAGAUCCGCCCAGUCGUCAAGGCCACGUAAUCAGUUGGACGGUGCUCCUUCCAAUUUCGAUUCAUUCACUUCCGAGGUUCGGUCUACGGAACACCUGGCACAUGCAGUUCAUUGGCAGUCUGCUGAAGAACGUGCAGAUGAAUCGGUUGAUGAGAUGAUGGAUCGCUAUCGAAGACAAUCGGAUGCCAGACCCCACGCUUCAUUUUCGCUCACCCGAGAUCGCGUUGGCACCGGCAAGUUGGUUCCUGCUGUACUUACCCCGCCAAACGCUGGCACCGCCCCGUCCACGGGACCGGGAGCAUCCACUUCAUCCGGCUCUCCAGCUGGAAUGUGCAGUUCGUGUUCAUAUCGUACCGCGUUAUCCAACAGUUCCAACCAAUUACGAAUUCAUCUCACACAUGGAUUGCGUCGUCUGUUCUCCAGUCCCUUAGUCGGCACCGUGUUGGAAACCAUCUCCCGUCAGCUGAUGGCUACCGAAUUGUUUGCUCGAACAACCACUGCUUGUUCACCGAAUAUAUCUAAAGAGGAUAGGUUUUUCUUGGCCCUACUGGAUGCUUUAGUAUCGGACACGUUAAUUUCCCAAGAUCCCAGUUUAACCACUUGUAUUCGCGAAACGAAGCGCCUGUUUGAACGCCUCCUGCUCAAUACCCAAAUGCAACUAUCACGUAACCCUCUUCCGGCAACCUCUAACGAAUCGCAGUUGAUCUCAUGGACAAAUUUAUCUACAGCAGCAGUUCAUCCCGACCAUCCGACGUGUUCCCCUUCUUCUCCGAUCGAGUGUGAUUCGGUUGUCAUCAGUCUUUUGAACCAGUUACGUGCUGAACGUCGGCAUCGACUUGCCUACCUGGCCUACUUAACGGAACAACGGAACCGAGUCGCAGCACAUAAACGUUCUUUGAUCAUGUUGCAGCGUCGAUGUGAAAGAGAACUGCAAGUUCAAUGUGAAUAUAUUGUGCACAAAUACGUGACCACAUUUUUGGAUUCUCAACGCGAAGCCUUCCGCCUGUUCUACGAUCACUUUACCGAGCAACGGAAUCGGUCCGAGGUGGAAGAUCGGGGUGCGACUGCAACUGGACAGGGUGGUCGCAGUGCGGCAUCUCAGUUAGCUCUCCAGUUCAUCCGCGAUCUUAUUGAACGUUGGGAGGCGGUGGAAACCAGUCGUCGACCGCCUAUCUUUUUUCCGGUGUCCCGACUCGAUUCCGGUCGCGAAGAGGUGGAUGGAGACUUCGCUCAUCUCGCCGCAUCUCAUGUGGCGUUUGCCCGUGUGCACAUUCGGAGACUUGUCAUGGAAAAGAUCUAUCAGUCUGGCGUGUGGAUGAAUGAUCCGGCGUUGGAAUGCGCACGAGAUGUUGUGUUGCAUCGUGAACUGGCCUUGCUCAGUCGUGUCAUCACUCUUGGUGAGCUCCAGAUUCCCGAACGCUACCAUGUAUUCGAACCGUUUCACUCCGUGCAAGAGGAGCUUCGCAGUUUCGGUUGUUCCCAUCUUCCCUCGGAUAUGCUCCAAUGUCUCAAGCGAGUCAUCGAACGUAUCGUGGCUACUUUACAACUAGCUUGUCCCCAGUCGGUUCCCAGUGCUGACGAUCUCCUGCCUGUGCUAAUUUUUACCAUCCUACAGGUGACUGCCUAUCCAACCGAACCGGAAGAGUUUCUGUUGCAGCACAGCGAUAAUUCCCUUGAAUUCAGUGGAGCGAUAAUCUGGAUGGAUCAGAAGGGUAAAGUUACAAGUUCUGCGCCCCGAGUUGAUCUACUCAUAGUAGUGUCGACCAGACUGCUGUUGCCUAGAUUGAACUCUCCGAUGGGAUUUGUUUGUCGCAGCUAA